AUGUAUGUAGCAUGUGUGGAAAAUGUACCUCUGGACACAACGCUUAACACAUUCAUUCGUCUCUAUGCGAAUUUAACGGCAACAAAAUUUAUGUGUCGAGAAGGUGGUUGCGGUUGUUGUAUUGUUACUCUCCAUGGACUUCACCCAGUGACAAGACAAUUAUCUUCAUGGUCAGUCAAUUCCUGCCUCUUUCCCAUCUACUCAUGCCACGGAUUGCACAUUGUUACACUUGAGGGUCUCAAGGUGGGUAAAAGUGCUCCACAUGCCCUACAACGACGUCUUGCUGCAUCAUUUGGUAGUCAAUGUGGCUACUGCACACCUGGAUUCAUUAUGACAAUGUAUGGGCUGCUGGAGGCAAAGAAUCGCCGCGUGACGAUGAAGGAGGUUGAAGAUUCCUUCGGGGGGAAUAUCUGCCGAUGCACAGGCUACCGUCCAAUUUUGGAUGCAUUCAAAUCAUUUGCAACGGAUGCACCACGAGCCGUUGGCGACAUUGAAGAUCUCCCCAAAUCCUGUGCUAUUGGACGACGUAUUUGCUUUGAAACGUGUCACCAGGAAAUUCAUCUAAGCCUCCCAGAUGAUGGGGAGUGGCACAAAGUGUACACUAUACCGGAUAUUCUGCGCAUUCUACAGGCAGUUGAAGAUCGCUCGUACAUAAUGGUGUGUGGAAAUACGGCAAAAGGGAUGUAUCCUUAUGACAAUGAUUACCCAGAAGUUUACAUUGAUAUUUCGGGCGUAAGGGCACUUAGAACAUUUACACUAGACACUGUACUGCAGAUUGGUGCAAAUGUUCCAUUGAGUGAAGUAAUUGAGAUUCUGCGAAAGACAGCAGAAGUCCGCAGUGAUUUCUUCUAUUGUCGCCAAAUGGCCAAUCAUAUGGAAAAGAUAGCUCAUCCUGCUGUACGAAAUGUGGGCACAAUUGCGGGGAAUUUAAGUAUAAAACAUCGUCACAAUGAAUUUAUUUCGGACAUCUUCAUACUUCUGGAAGCCAUUGGAGCUACUCUCACUAUUCUUUCAUCAGUUGGAAGCAUUAAAAUCGUUGGUGUUGCUGAUUAUCUCAAAAUUAAUAUGAAUAGUCGUAUUAUUGUAAAAAUUACCCUUCCUUCGCUACCAAAUACCAUUCAUAAGUUCUUCAGCUACAAGGCAAUGCAGAGAUCACAAAAUGUUCUUGCUCUUCUCAAUUGUGCUUUCCUUUUCAAAUUCAACGCAAAUCAAUCGGCUAUUGCUAGUGCAAGACUGUGUUUUGGUGGUAUAAAUCCACAUUUCAUCCAUGCAACGGCAACUGAAAAGCUUUUAGUGGAUAGAGAUUUAUUCAAUGAUUGCGACAUUCAAGCAGCUUGUAUGAGUCUUGAAAAGGAAUUUCUCCUUGAUUGGGUACUUCCGGAUCCAUCGCCAAACUACAGGAAAAUGUUGGCUAUUGGACUCUUCUUUAAGGCUGUCCUAAAAAUGUGUCCUGACGAUAAAGUAAGACCGGAAGUUCGCAGUGCUGCUCUAGAUAUUGAAAGAAUCCUGUCAUCUGGAGAGCAACAUCUUGCACCGACUAUGGAUCAGGUACCUGUCCCCAAGCUCGAAGCCCUUGCUCAGUGUACUGGUGAUGCAAAGUACAUCAAUGAUAUGCCGUAUAUGCCAAAUGAAGUUUGGGGUGCUUUGGUAUGUGCAACAGAAGCAUCAGCAACUAUUGUUAACAUAAAUACAACUAAUGCAUUGAACAUGCCUGGAGUUGUUGCAUUUUACGGAGCCAAUGAUAUUCCUGGAAUAAAUAAUUGCGCCAAUCCUAUGCUAUAUGAGGAAGAGAGUCUGGAAUUAUUUAGUAGUGGCAGAAUUGUAUACCAUGGUCAGCCGAUUGGGAUGAUUAUUGCUGCUACAUUGGAUAUUGCACAAGCAGCUGCAAAGCAAGUUGUUGUAACAUACCGACGAGAUACUGGAAAGCGUCCAAUAAUUUCCAUUAAGGAUGCAUUGGAGGAUUCAAAGAAUAAUCCAAAUCGCAUAGGACGAGAAAUCAGAAAUGCCGUGGAAGCAAGUGAGAGUGGAUUGGAUACAGCUCACACCAUAGUGGGGCAAUUUGAAAUUGGUUCACAAUACCACUUCCCAUUGGAGCCGCAAACAACAAUAUGCGUUCCAACUGAGGAUGGUAUUGAUGUGCACUGCUCAACGCAUUGGGUGAAUUUUGUAAAAAUAAUAAUAGCUCAAGUUGUUAAUAUACCGGAAAAUUCUAUAACAAUGACCCUAAAACGCGUGGGUGGUGCUUUUGGUGGUAAGUUAACAAAUGCAGCAUAUGUAGCAGCAUCAUGUGCCCUAGCUUGCCACCUACAGCGGCGUCCGGUACGAUUUGUAUUCUCCCUCGAGACAUGCAUGAUUGCUCUUGGUAAGAGAUUGCCAGCUCUCACGGAUUACAGCGUUGAGGUAAAUGAGCUUGGUGAGAUCCAGAAGCUUAUUCAUGAAAUUGCACUUGACUAUGGUACUUCCAUUGGUGCCCCAUUGGAUUUGCAUACUGUUCCAGCUAUUCGAAAUUGCUAUGACAACAAAUACUGGACAAUUCGUGGGCUCUACAUGAAAACAGAUACACCAGCUAAUACGUGGUGCAGAGCACCGGGUUCACUGGAAGGUGUUGCAAUGACGGAAAAUAUCAUGGAACGAAUUGCAAGGACUGUCAAGAGGGAUCCACUCGAUGUACGCCUAGAAAAUAUUCCCCAUGAUGUACCUCUGAGGAAAAUUCUUGUAGAUUUUGCAGAAUCCGUAAACUAUAGGAAGCGCAAAAUGGAAAUUGAUUCAUUCAACCAUAUGAAUAGGUGGAAGAAACAGGGUAUAACCAUUGUACCACUUCAGUUUGAAAUCAAAUAUUUGGCUAUCAAUAGUUCCAGUGUCUUUGUCAACAACUCCGAUGGCACAGUGAUGAUAGUCUGUAGUGGUGUAGAAUUGGGUCAGGGAAUGAAUACUAAAAUUGCUCAGAUUGCAGCGAAAACCCUGAAAAUUCCGCUCAGUCUCAUUAGAGUUGGACCGACAAAUGCAUUAAUUACAAAUGGAGGCUUAGGGACUGUUGCAAGUCAAACUAAUGGAGCUGUUGGCUACGCUACUCAAAAGGCUUGCGAAACAAUCUUAGCACGAAUGGAGCCAGUAAGAAAGAAUAUGGGUGACGUCCCGUGGCGUGAGAUCACCCAUGAAUGCUACAAACGUUCCAUUCCUCUGGCAGCAAUGGAUUUUCAUCAGCCCCACGAUGAUCCCAUUUACCACGUUUGGGCAGCUGCUUGUGCCGAAGUGGAGAUGGAUGUUCUAACAGGGGAAGUUACGGUGCAACGUGUGGAUAUUGCAGAGGAUCUUGGGAAGAGUAUUAAUCCUCACAUUGAUAUUGGACAAAUAGAGGGAGCUUUCGUAAUGGGAAUGGGAUAUUGGCUACAUGAGAAAAUAAUUCAUGAUCACAUCACGGGAGAGCUGACAACACGCAACACGUGGACCUAUAGUCCACCUGGGGCAAAGGAUAUUCCCGUGGAUUUUCGUAUUACCCUUCUGGAUACAAUGGAUAGGAAUUUGAGUAGUGUUAUGGGGUCAAAGGGUGUGGGAGAACCUGCAAUUUGUCUAGCUACGUCGGUAUGCCAUGCAAUACGCCAUGCUCUUGAUUCAGCACGACACGAUGCUGGUCUCUGUGAUAGUUGGUAUGAUCUCAACUACCCAUUGACCCCAGAUCAUAUCCAACAGGCUACUGGAACCAAAAUACAUCACUUUAAACUUUAAUGGGAAUUUAAAAAAAAAUUCUAAGUUUCUAUUUUAUGUUAAAGCCAGUCCCAAAGCCAAGACGCAUUAAUCAAUAUAAAAAAAAUUAAUUACAGUGCUUUGAGCUUACGCGAGGACAUUGAGAAUGGGUAAAUAUACAA